AUGGCGACCUCUGAUCGAAAAAGAGAUAGAAAUCAGACGAAUUCGAAAUCUAAGACAGCAGUCACAUCAAAUAGCGUUAGCGAGGAACAUUUCCAUGACUAUAUAUCGGCUGAUGAAGACUUUACAGCUAUACCUGUCACCCCCAGCAAAUCACCUGCUCAAAAGAAAGGUAAAUCGGAGCAGUUACCUACUUCAGCCGCUGUAAGGGAGAGCUCUGAUAUAGUCCUACAACUCUCGCAACUCAUUAACUCCAGAUCUGAUGCGUUGGAGAAACUGGUCUCUGACAACACCCUGCGAAUUGAGGGACUUAAGAAAACUAUUGACUUUGCAUCUGCUGAGAUAAAGGACAUUAAGGAGAAAUCUGCAGUUCUUGAAAAGCGCAUCGCCAACAAUGAUGCGCGCCUGGGCUCAGCUGAGUUGCGUAUAGCAGAUUUAGAGAGUUAUUCACGAAGAUGGGAUCUCUGUUUAUUCGGAGUUCCGGAGGCAGAUAAAGAAGAUGUGCGCCAAGAAGUUAUUGGUAUAUGUCAAGCUGUCCUACCUGCAGAGAAGGCUAAACUUCCUUGUCUCAUUGACACAGUGCAUCGUCUGGGCCAGAAGAAGGGAAAGGAGCUGUCCAAUAUUGAUAAACCCAGAGGAAUAAUUAUUCAGUUUACAUCCAGGGUAAUUCGCGACUCUGUGUGGAAAGCGGCAAAAAGGUCUGAAUACCUGAGGAGUCACGGUCUGCGUUUUGCGGAAGAUCUAUCUAAAAUGGACAGAGCACGACGUCUCCAGCUAUGGCCUGCAGUAAAUGAAGCCCGUCUUCAAGGAAAACCUGCUUACUUUGUUGGUGGACGUGCCUUUGUUGCCGGGAUCGAAAUUAACCCACCAUGAGAGAUGAGGAAAGAGUCUCAUUCGAUUCCUGAUGAUGUGCGUUUCUGGAGGACUCAAUGGGGUAACGACAUCUGGUGUGCGCAUGGAUCUGAGCGCUCCGCCGGUGUCGUCACUUUAAAGAACAGAUUCACCGAGGAGAUUUUGCAUACACAACGUGACGGAUCUGGACAUUUUUUGUGCCAAACUCUCAAAAUUCAUGGUUCUAUAUUGCUCAUUGCGAAUGUUUAUGGAUAUAAUUCUAAAAGUGAAAACGAUCAUUUAUUUGAAACUUUAGAAGAGCAUAUCCUUCAUGGACUGUCGCAAUUCCAGGAUCUUUCUCUUAUCAUAGGGGGUGAUUUUAAUACUGUUAUGGACUGUUCUCUCGAUUGUUUACCAGCAGGUCCAUCUUAUAAUCAAAAUACAAACCUUAAACGUUUCAUGGAGAGAUUCAAUUUGGUUGAUAUAUGGAGGUCUACGUUUCCUGAUUCGUUAACAUAUACUUGGAGCAACAAAUCUGGUAACAGGCAAUCUCGAAUAGAUUAUUGGUUAG